AUGGUGAAGUUUGCACCGCUGUUCAUGCCAUGGGAACGCAGGCUGCAGACCUUCAUGGUCCUGCAGUGGGUCUUCUCCUUCCUGGCCCUGGCCCAGAUCUGCAUUGUGGUCUUCAUAGGCCUCCUGUUCACAAGAUUCUGGUUAGUCAGUGUCCUGUAUGCGAUCUGGUGGUACCUGGACUGGGACAAGCCAUUGCAAGGGGGCAGGCCCAUCCAAGCCGUAAGGCGCUGCUUCCUGUGGAAGUACAUGAGGGACUAUUUCCCCAUCUCGCUGGUCAAGACUGCUGAGUUGGACCCCUCCCGGAACUACCUUGCGGGCUUCCACCCCCACGGGGUCCUGGCGGCCGGAGCCUUUGUCAACCUGUGCACGGACAGCACGGGCUUCCCUUCACUCUUCCCGGGCAUCCGCCCCCAUCUGAUGAUGCUGACCCUGUGGUUCCGGGCCCCUUUCUUCAGGGAUUACAUCAUGUCGGGGGGGCUGGUUACGUCGGACAAGGAGAGCGCUGCUCACAUUCUGAGCAGGAAGGAAGGUGGCAAUCUGCUGGCCAUCGUUGUAGGGGGUGCCCAGGAGGCCCUGAACGCCAGGCCGGGAGCCUUCACGCUGUUGCUCCGGAACCGCAAGGGCUUCGUCAGGCUCGCCUUGAUGCAUGGGGCAGCUCUGGUGCCAAUCUUCUCUUUCGGGGAGAAUGAACUCUUUGACCAGGUUGAGAACUCCCCUGGCUCCUGGUUGCGCUGGAUCCAGAACCGGCUGCAGAAGAUCAUGGGCAUCUCCCUCCCGCUCUUCCAUGGCCGUGGUGUCUUCCAAUACAGCUUUGGUCUCAUACCCUACCGCCAGCCCAUCACCACUGUGGUGGGAAAGCCCAUUGAGGUGCAGAAGACACCGUACCCCUCGCAGGAGGAGGUGGACAAGCUGCACCAGCGCUAUAUCAGGGAGCUGUGCGACCUCUUCGAAGCCCACAAGCUGAAGUACAACAUCCCCGCGGACCAACACUUGGAGUUCUGCUGA